AUGUGGCUUUUGCCAGCUCUUCUCCUUUGGAUUCCAGUUGGUGGGCAAGUGGACUUCACAAAGGCAGUGAUCAUCUUGCAGCCUCCAUAUAUCAAUAUGUUCCGAGAAGAAAAUGUAGCCCUGAGAUGUGAGGGACCCCAGUUCCCUGGGCACAGCUCCGUGCAGUGGCUCCUCAAUGGAACAACCAUUCAGAUCUCAACUGCCAGACACAAUAUCACUGCGGCAAGUUUCAGUGACAGUGGUGAAUACACGUGCCAGACAGGGCUCUCAGCACCAAGUGAUCCUGUGCAACUGGAAAUCCACGCAGGUGAUUGGCUGCUGCUUCAGCCUUCCAAGAGAGUCCUCACUGAAGGAAAACCUUUGCCCUCGAGGUGUCAUGGAUGGAAGAAUAAGCUGGUAUACAAUGUGGUUUUCUAUCAAAAGGGAAAGCCUGUUAAUUAUUAUCCAGAUUCUGCACUCACUAUUCUGAAAGCCAACGUGAAUCACAGUGGUGUCUAUCACUGCUCAGGCAAAGGAAGAUCACCUGCCCCCUUCACAUUGACAGGAGUACCUGUGAUGGUGAAAGAUAAGUUGUUUCCAGCUCCAGUGCUAACCUCAUCCUUCGGUAGAGGAUCCCCACCUCGGCAGAGGAAACUCAAGCUGAGCUGUGAGACAAAGUUGCUCCCACAGAGUUCUGGCGUGCAGCUUUACUUCUCCUUCCACAUGGGCAACAUGACGCUGAGUUCCAGGAAUACAUCCUCUGAGUACCACAAUCUAACUGCUAGAACAAAUGGUUCUGGGUCCUACUGGUGUGAGGCAGCCACAGAAGAUGGAAAUGUCCUUAAGCGCAGCCCUGUGUCAGAGGUUGAAGUGCCUGGAAGUGAUCUUGUAGACAGCACAGAAGAACCUGCCCGAGUGUCUGUUAAGAGAGGUAGUGAAAUGGGGCACGGGCCAGGUGCAAGCCCGGCAGGGCGGCCCCCCUCGGAGGUGAGGACUCCAGACCACUGCCACAGAGCUUCCAGGAACCAGCUCCUCGGCCUGUUGCGAGGGACCCAAGCAAAGGCAGCCAGAGGAAGCGGCGGGACAGAAACCAAGUGCAGUGGAGAUGGCUCCCUGCUGGCCGCCUCCUAUAGCUCCUUGUGGACCCUGAGUGAGCAGAGCAGGUCAGCUGCCCUCAAGUGA